AUGGCACGCGAAAUCAUUGUCCUUGCCCUUGUCUUCUUCGCCAUUGUCGGGAUGGCUUCAGCUGCAGGAGACCACAAAGAAGCACACACCACCGGGGCUGAGGCGCCAAAGGCUUCAGCUGCCGGAGGAGACGGUGUCGUUGGCACUGUUAGUGGUGGCCACAGUACCGACGCAGCACCUGUUGGCGGACCUGUUCCGGCUGGAAGUUUCCACAAUCUUGCUCCUGGACCAUCAGCCAAGAGCACCAGACUUGAAGUCACCACCGUCGCUGGAGCUUUUGCUGCCGCCGCCGUUGCUGGUUCUUUCUUCUUCUAA